AUGCCAUCGCAAGAGCAAAUUCGGAGGGACUUGAUGAUGAAAGCACGUCAACAACAAAUGGUGAUGAGGGCGAGGCAGCAACGGGAAGCUGCUGCCGCGAGUCAAAGUGCCCAGUCGUGUUCCAUGGCAAUGGGCUCCCACUAUGAUGAUAUACCUAUACUCGAGGCAGAGGAUUUGGACCAUAUAUUGCCCGAGCCCCCAUCCUUUUUGACAUUUGACUCUGUUUGCCAAAGGGGUGUCGUAUCUGCAAUCGAGGAAAUCGUGUCCUCGCAAAGUCGGACACCGGCUUUCCUUCACCGAGGUCUGCUAAUCGCUCUUCGAGUCGGAAACGUCGACGCUGCUCGCUAUCUUCUUGAAAAUGGUGCACCUAUCGUCCGACAAACCCCAGAAAUUAUUCUCAAGGCACCACUCCACCAGCGCAUUGCCCUUUUCGAGCUCCUUGCUGCUCACGGCUGGACUCCGAAUACCCCGGGAUACUACGGUGCUGUACUCCUUCCAAGGGUACUUGGGAACUUGCCCUUACUGUCAUGGUUUCUGGAACACGGCGCGAAUCCCAAUCUAGGCACACAGAAAGACUUUCGUGACCGGCAUGGUAGCUCUGACACUGAAUCUUGCAAUGCUCUCGAGUUCGCUGCGGCGCAUCAUAGUUUCGAAAGCGUGCAGAUGCUUUUGAAUGCCGGCGCAAGGAUUCAAAAUGGAGCACCUUUGCACUUCGCUGCUGGAGUAUGUCCCCCGGGAGCAAAUCCUCAUACCGGCCGGGUAGAGCCAAGCAAGGAGUUUGACACGGAUCGAAUUCCUGUGAUGCGCCUUUUAGUGGAGUAUGGGGCUGAUGUGAACUACAAGAUUGAAACACGGCAUAUGAAGCCUCAAUAUGCGCUUGUCUACGCAGUAAUGGCCGGAGCGAUGGAGCGUGUCAAGUGGCUCCUCAAAGAAGGAGCUGAUCCAUUUGUGAAGGGCCGUUUUCCCAGUGCGGUGUCCUACGCUUCGUUCUGGGGCGAAGAAAUGGAGAGAGUUAUCCAGGAAGGUAUUGCGGAGAGGCAUGAAGCAGCUAUUCAAGCAUUGCGAACUUAA